AUGUCUUGGACCACCCUGAUGGCCGGAGCUUGGGCCGCAGUGGCAAGGAUGGCUACCUUGCAGUGGCCUCGGCGGGCUGUGUAGUGUACCGGUUCCAUGCUCUCACCGAGGUGUCACUCACUUCUCAGUGGGGCGCCCCACCUUAGCUCGCGAAAUUUGGGGCCGAACGGCCAAUUCCAGAGAACGGACAGCCUGCGUCUAACACUCCCCUCCGCCCUCUCCGACCCGCGUCACAACAACCAGGUGUCGUCGAGAAUCCGAAUCAUGGGUGGGCUCAACCUCGAAGUCUUAAAGUUCGGCAUGUACGUCAUGUUCCCCAUUGGGGUCAUGUACUACUUCGGCACGAAUCUCGACAGCCGCUUCUCGGUCCCCGACUUUUGGCCCAAGCCCGAGAACACCAACAAGGUGCCGCUCGAGCGCGAUGAGAUCCAUGCCGAGCUGGAGAGGUUACGCGCGCGAAGGCUGUACCUGAGGGAGCAGAGGCUCGCGGCCGAGGCACGAGCCGCGGCGCUGAACCCGAACCAGGGGCAGCAGCAGCAGCAGCAGCAGCCGCAGGGUGAAGAGUAGGAAACUUUCUGGUGAGCAAUGGCUGGGGCUUCGUGAGGGAGAAGCCGGCGAGUGUACAACAUGAUAUGGUGCGAAUGACGGAGGGGGGUGGGUUGGUAUCGGGAAAAUACGGCGUUUUCGGGUUUCUACUAUCGAGCCACCUCGUCUUUCGACAUGACCGAUUCAUAAAGAGGGCGGCAUGUUCAUACGGGCUGUACAUC